AUGAAGGCAUCUCUCCUCUUUUCUUUUCUUUCUGCUGCAUCUGCAUCAGUCCUCGUCAGCGACCCCAGUGACAUUAUCCCGGCGUCACAGUGGGCUUCUGACAACGCAAUCAAAGCGGAUUACCACGUCCCCGUCAUUUAUUACCAGACAACUGCCAACGUCGCCCCAUACACUGUGAAAAACCACCAGCAUAAGUCGUUUAAAAACGCAGUCUUAAGAACCGACAGCAAUGACACGAGCGUGGUGAUUGCCACAGAAGGAGCCAUUGUUGAUAUUAGCGACACCGAGAUCAUCAAGUUCGGAUACUCUAGUAAUCUUGUCCAGGCCAGCUUCUUUGGGCUGAACUCUGCUGUUCUUGCGGCCAAUGGAAGUGAAAUUCACCUUUCAGAUGUCAACAUCACCACUCACAACGGUGCGGCCAAUGUCUAUGCCUAUGGGUCAGAUACGGUUAUCGACAUAGAGAAUCUCUGGAUGUAUAGCUCCGGGCCUACAUCACAUGCCUUGUACGCGAGUGGCAAUGGCACCAUCAAAGCGAGAAAUGUGCAGACCUAUAGCGGUGGAAAUCGCUGCUCAGCAUUUUCCGGUGAUAGUCCGGCGGGCUAUGUCUAUAUUCAUGACUCAGUGGCCCACACCACAGGGAUUGGAUCCGCAGUGGGGUUUGUUUUGGGAGAGAUGAAUCUGACGAAUGUGGUCGGUACUGCCACCAAUUCGCCUGCAUUUUUCAGCAUCGGUAAUUCAGUGGGAUCCUGUACCAACUGCGAAAUGGAAGGUGGGCUUCUUGCUGGCCUUUUCAUCUUCGGGUUAGAUAAAUCUGGUGGUGCCAACUCCUUCUACCUAGACCAUACCAAGGUGACAGUCACCGAUGAGACUGCCCCUGCUCUCUGGUUCGGUGCCAUCACUGCAGAAGUCCACAUGCGAUACACCGAAUUUGAAACCCCAUCCGGCAUCCUGGCAGUGGCGAAUUACUCGACUGUCACUGAAGAGUUUAAUUUCUAUGCCGGAUAUGACGAUGCCCCCUCCGCAAUUAACACGGCUGAUGCUCGGGUGUUUGUAGAGCAGAGCACUCUCACCGGCGACCUCGUUGCCUACAACGGCAGCACAUUGGGCCUGCACUUCGCCGAUCACUCAUUCUGGACGGGCAAGGCUUACAUUGGAUAUGGAGAUGCUGAGUUAGGAGUGACCCUGGAUGCAUCCAGCACCUGGAAUGUCACGGGCAAUACGGAGCUACAAAACUUGACCAACGCUGAUAGUACGUUCUCCAACGUCCGGAGCAAUGGCUUUUCGAUCAAAUAUAAUGCCAGUGCACCAGCCAACCGCCCGUUGCGGGGUCGAACGUUCAAGCUUCAGGGAGGAGGGAAGGUCUCUCCAAUUUCCAGAAAGUGA